AGCAACUUACGAAGACGAGCUAGGAAGAAUUCAUUUAGAAGAAAGCUAAGAUGGCGAGUCAACAAGAGAAGAAGGAGCUGGAUGCUAGGGCGAGGCAAGGAGAGACCGUGGUUCCUGGCGGGACUGGUGGGAAGAGUCUUGAAGCCCAGCAGCACCUUGCUGAAGGGAGGAGCAAAGGAGGGCAGACGAGGAAGGAGCAGCUGGGAGGGGAAGGGUACCAUGAGAUGGGACGCAAGGGUGGGCUGAGCAACAACGAUAUGUCUGGCGGUGAGCGCGCUGAGCAGGAAGGCAUUGACAUCGAUGAGUCCAAGUUCAGGACCAAAAAGUGAUCAUGACGACUCAUGCACCUAUCUAUCUAUUUAUGCCUCAUGUAUCGUAUUUCUAGCUCCGUUUAGUGUGCUUAUUAUCUGUGACUGAGUCUAGUUAUUGUUAUUUCAAUAACUAGAUUUGUACUAGUUUUUACUUUGUUUAGUGUCUAGUAUGUACGUUUUUAUUGUAUGUGUGUACUGUAAUA